AUGAUGACUCUCACUCCUAAAACCCUAUCCCCUUUCUCAUUUCUCUGCAACCCCAUACCAAAACACCAAAAUCAAAACUCAAAAUAUACCAUUGUAACCCAAUAUUCAGACUCCAGCUCAAAGCUAACCUUCAAUUCCAAUUGCGAGUCUGAGUUCCAGACCGAGAGGGGUCUUAAAUUUGAUAUCGGCGAGACCUUCUUCCGCCAUGAAAGCGCCACCGGCCGCGACCUCGGCGUGCUCGCCGCAGCGCUGUACAAGAGAUCCAAAGGCAAAUUGCGAGUUCUCGAUGCACUGUGCGGCUGCGGAAUUCGAUCCCUUCGGUACCUCAUCGAGGCAGAGGCCGAUUUUGUUUUAGCAAAUGAUGCAAAUGAUGAUAACAGGAAAGUUAUCACGGAGAACUUGUCGCAGAUAGAGAGUAGUUCUGGCGACGAUCCGAGGUGGGCAGUGACGCUUUCGGAUGCAAAUCGGAUCAUGACGGAGUGUUAUCUCAAAAGAGAUUUCUUUGAUUUGAUUGACAUUGAUUCAUUUGGGAGUGAUUCCUCGUUUCUGAGGUCGGCGAUUAAUGCUUUGAAAUUGGAUGGGUUGUUGUAUGUUACUUCCACUGAUGGAUUCUCGUCGGGUGGUCGCAGGCCUCAACAAACUUUAGCUGCAUAUGGAGCUUAUGUUCGACCUAUGCCAUAUUCAAAUGAGCUUGGUUUGCGAAUGCUUAUAGGAGGGGCUGUGAGGGUAGCUUCUGUGCUGGGGUAUCGAGUUACUCCUCUAUUUUCAUACUAUUCAUAUCAUGGACCCAUUUUCAGAGUCAUGCUCCGUGUCAAUCGAGGAAAGCUUCCUGAUAACAGAAAUUAUGGUUUCAUCAGCUACUGCCACAACUGUGGAAGUUCUCAAGAAUAUUCAUGGGCUGAACUUGGUCGGAUGAGUUGCCCCUGCAGCGAUUCAAAGGUAAAAGGAUGCGUUUCUUCGCUAAAAUUCGCUCUCAUUCAUGUAGUGGUUUCCAAGUCAUUAGUUGUUUCUGGCCCCCUCUGGACGGGGCCUCUGCAUGAUACCGUUUACAUUACAGAAAUGCUGCAUUUGGCUGAGGAAUGGGGAUGGGCAGGCAGUGGCUCGGGAACUGAUCUCGACAAGCUUUUGAACCAAAUGGUGGCCGAGAGUGACCCCAGAUUACCGUUUGGGUACACCAAGUUGGACGAGGUGGCCAGCCGUGCGAAAGUAAAUUCUCCACCGCUCAGAGCCGUUAUGUCCACCCUUGAAAAGGAGGGAUAUGCUGCGAGUAGAUCACACAUUGAGUCCAACGCAAUCAAGACAAACUGUUCAAUGGCAGGUUGCAUUAGAAUUGCUAAGCAACUUCAGCAGUGCUCCAGUGCUGAAUGA